CAAUGAUCUCAGCAGAACUCUCUGCCUCCAGAGUGUGGCUGCUGCACAAGCCGGACGGAGCAGCUUGUACUCCGUUUAAGCCUGAUCCAGCUUUUACAAACAGAUACAGAACAAUGGCAGUGACAACCAGAAUGACAUGGAAUGAAGAAAAGAUUCUGCAAAAGCUGCUUGGAAAUGUUUCCUUGAGUCUUCUUUUUAAGUCUAGUGUCCAUGAAUGUUCCGUUGCAGAUAUGAUUAAUAAGUGCAAUCAUCAAGGAUCCACUAUAACAGUGAUUUACUUGCCCAGCUGUAUUUUUGGGGCAUUUUUACUUGGGCAUUAUCCUCAAAUGGGUGAAAAUUGUAGUAGUCAAAAUUCUUUCUUUUUUUCACUGAAUAACACUAAAACAACUGAAUUUUUAAAUGUAGAACCAAAAAUUGAUUCUGAAAAACUGAAAUUUUAUUCCUCUAAUGAUAUCAUUUUCUCCUUAAUUCCACAUAAGUCCACAGUUUUUAUUGAUCAUUCGUUAAGGAUUGCAUUAGGAAUACAACAUAUCAUUUCCUCAAAUUAUUUGGAAUGUGAAGUUUUCCGAGUUGAAGGAAUUCAGGAUGUUAAAGGCUACAUAUGGAGGAUAACAGGAGUCGCACAGUACAGAAAUGGGCUCCUAGCAGAGCUCAGAGCCUACAAACCCUAUGCAGAUUUGGUUUCAGAAAUUAAUAUUCUCUUGCUGGGUCCAGUUGGGUCUGGAAAGUCCAGUUUUUUCAAUUCAGUGAAGUCUGUUUUCCGAGGCCAUGUGACUCGCCAAGCCGCAGUGGGGUCUGAUGUCACUAGCAUUACUGAACUGUAUAGGAUAUAUUCUAUUAAAGAUGGAAAUGAUGGAAAAUCUCUGCCAUUUAUGUUGUGUGACACCAUGGGGCUGGAUGAGAAAGAGGGAGUAGGAUUGCAUAUGGAUGACAUACCCCAGAUCUUAAAAGGCUGUGUGCCGGACAGAUAUCACUUUAGACCCCAGCAACCAAUUACCUCCAGACAUCCUACCUUCAUCACCUCUCCAUCACUGAAGGACAGGAUUCACUGUGUGGCUUAUGUUUUAGAUAUCAACUGUAUCAACAGUCUCUCCUCUGAAAUGGUGGAAAAAUUCAAACAAGUUCACAAAAUAGUGUUAAACUGUGGUAUACAACAGGUAGCCUUGCUGACUAAAGUGAAAAAUUACCAUGGAGUUCUUCAAAAAGACUUUUUAAACAUGAAUAAUUCUAUGACUUCUCAAAGCCAGAUAAUGAAAAUCCAAAAAAUGCUAAAAAUUCCUAUUUCUAAAAUUCUGAUGGUUGAAAAUUAUGCUCCGGAGUGGGAGCAGGACCCUUUAAAGGACAUUCUGAUCCUCUCUGCACUGAGGCAGAUGUUACGAGCUGCAGAUGACUACUUAGAGGAUUUGCCUCUUGGAGUAACAGAUGAAGUUGCAGGAAUGUCCCAGCUCGACAUGUGCGAUCAGUUGCCUUGUUUCUGACACUUGUCCCAGGCCUGGAUUGGCCUGCCUCACUUAGAGUCAGUCUCCGCGGACAGCCUCCUUGGGACUUUGUGUUCAUCGUACUUUUCCUUCUGUCCCUGACAGCAUCUAACUGAUGGUUCAUUCGAGGAUCAGUCAGACCUCAAGCUCUAAGGCCAACUCUGAGCAGUGGUGGACAAAGAUAUCCCUACUGCAAACCACCCUUCAUAUUUCUGCACCACUUACAAUUUAAUUUUUGUGACAUGUUCCUAAACCUCCCCAGCAAAACUAUUCUCUUAUCUAUUCAUCUAUAACACUUCAUUUAAAACUUCAUGUGCAUGGUAAUCAUAUUGAAUAAUAAUUAUACAAUGACUACUGCUUCCCUAAAUAAACAGUGAAUUCUUUAAAAAGCCA